AUGGUUGUGUUCGUCGACUAUGACCAGCAAGACGCUAAUUCUACGACCUCGAGUCUUCACUCUCACCACCAGAAAGCUAUAUUUCUGAAGCAUCCUGGCUAUCCGAUUUUCGCAGGUUCGCACGGGAGUGGUGGUAAUGGUAUUAGCCGCGAUAAGAACGACGAUAAGCGCGCUGAUACGGAGCUGGUGAUGGAAGAAUCUCCUGCAGUCGGGAACGGCAAUGAUGCUGAUUGUGGACAGUGGUCAAAUCCAAACCGCAAUGGAUUUUCGGCUGCCCUGAGUUGCUACCCUGUUGUCGUUCAGAUUGCCAGGUCUGUCGACCUGAACACGCUGGAUUCGUUAUCCAUGACAUGUCGUCAGUUCCGCGCGAACCUCUUGCCCUUCCGCUCGCAGCUCGUCAGGGAAACCUUACGGUGCCGGAACGAGCCUCUGGAUGAUGCGUUAUCGAAUAGAAAUGGCGACGGUGACAACAGCACUGUACUGGGUUUUGCUGCAGCGGAGGAUGCACCUGACGUCUUCCAGAGCUUCCCCCAGCCUACUACCACCGCUUCCAGUAUUGAUAGAUCCUCGAGCAUUCGUAGAUUCACCACGGGGAAAGUGGGACGAUGUGCUCGAGAUAUGGUUGCGGAAUGCCAGAGAUGCAUGUACGUUUACUGUAGAAACUGUACCAUGAAACCCAUUGGAGCGUCACUGUUGAAAAGCAGAUUUCGUCGCCUUUGUCCCACAUGCCUUGCUGCCCCUUUGUCCGAUCACUUCUUAGAUUCCGUUUCUUCAGGAAAUGAUAGCCAUGACUCCAACUGGAACUACCCACCGUUACCAGCACAAACGAAAACACAAGUGUUCACUGGCGACGCACUUGAUCUCAACCUCUGCCAUUGUGACGAGUCAUUCUGGCUUUGCAGACCGUGCGGCCAUAUUCUCAGAUCAGAUGAUACCACAUACAAACGUGUGUGGACUUGGAGGACCCGUUAUAGUGCAUAUCUAGGUUGUGGGCUAGGCACGGGCAUUGGUGAAGGUUGGCAGGGCGUCAAAUGCGGACGCGGGGAAGGAUGUCUCGCUGCAGAGGAGCUUGAGAUGGAGGUUGACUGUGAAGUAGAUGAUUGGAUGUCUGAUGAUGCAGACCAUAUCAAUUUCAUUUCCCAUCCUCAUAAUAAUCGUCACGGUAAUAAUGGUGGUAAUGAUAACCAUGCCGCUUCGCGACAAAACGACGACGGACAUGGUGAUGAAGAACCCGGCUAUCUGAGACAGGAAAUCGAAGGCGUGGGCGGGGUGGUGAAGCAGAAGGUUAAGAAGAGGUUAAAGGUGGGUGCGUGUGUGGAGGAGCAUGAAGAUGAGAGGGAAACGGCGUCGUAUUUGAAGAGAGAGUACUUGGGGGAUCGUAUCAUAUUGAACCUCUUCAGGGGGAAGGGAGAGUUGACCAUUUCUCUGCCCGUGGCGGCGUCCAUCAGAGGGGAAAGUUUCCAACUACGCGACAGACAUGGUACGGGCUAUUUUGAUAAAGAAGGAAACAAAAAUGGUGGUGGUACAGGGCUCAGUACCAGCGUCAGGACGCAUAGGCUGGAAAACUAUUACCCUAAGUACAGUUACAAGUACUGGGUGAACCGUAGAGAUGAAUCUUGGGCAAGGGCAAAAUGUUUCUGCGCCGAUUUUGUCUUACCAGGUCUUUUCCACCGCUCUAUCGUAGUUGACAUGGGCCCCUGGAUCUCUACCCUUCAGUCUAGGAUUUUUCGAGAAAUUUCGGUAGUAGUGAAGAGAAUGCUUGAACAUAUGAGAAGGGCAGUGCUAAGAUCCAGUAGCAACGUGAGAAACGGGCAGUCGAGUGAUCCACCCAUCUAA